AUGGCAACAAAGGUCGUUCUCGUGACUGGCGCCAGCAGUGGCAUUGGAUACGAGACUGUCAAGGCCUUCAUCGAGUCUCCAAACCCUUACCACGUAUUUGUCGGAAGCAGAUCCAUACAGAAGGGUAACGACGCGCUUCAAAAGAUUCGAGCUGAAUGCCCCAGUGCAACCAAUACACUCGAGAUGCUCAUACUCGACCUCAACAGUGAUGAAUCCAUCGAGAAAGCCUUUGAGGCAGUGAAUAGUAGCCAAGGUCGACUCGACAUUCUCAUCAACAAUGCUGGCGCCGGCUUCGAUGGGGAGUUUUUGCAGGCCAAGAUAUCCUUGCGCGAAUGCUACAACAAAGCCUACGAUGUGAAUGUAUCAGGAACUAAUGUCGUGACCUGGACAUUUAUUCCCUUGCUACUCAAGUCCGCAGAACCUCGUCUGCUCUUCGUAGCCGGCCUUUCGCAGAUGACCCAGGCGGCUAAGGCCUACUUCCCCACGCCACCGCAACCAGCGGGUUGGCCAAAAAAUAUUGACUUCGAAACAAUUGGGUAUCGCUGCAGCAAGACAGCUAUGAAUAUGAUGAUGCUAGACUGGAAUCAUAAACUCAAAGAGGACGGGAUCAAGGUUUUCAGCGUCAGUCCUGGGUUCUGUGCUACAGGACUAGGCGGUCUAGGAGAAGACUUGAUAAAGGCAAUGGGAGGAGAGCAUCCCAGGGAAGGUGCCCAUAGGCUCGUCACCGUUGCCGAGGGUUACAGAGAUACUGAUACUGGAAAGAUUGUUGACAAGGUCGGCUUGCUCCCCUGGUAG